AUGUGCGAUAUCAUCAUACGAGUUCUUCUUUUGGCCGUUCUUUGCAAUGCAGAGAUUGCUCCUCUUCUUAAAAAUGCAGAACCCAUUCCCGGAAAGUAUAUCGUUAGACUGAAGGAUGGUUUCGAUGUCGAUGACAUCACUUCUCGAGUUCGUCUAUCUGGUGGGCGUGUUCGUCAUACCUACAGAGCGGUCUUUAAUGGAUUUGCAGCUGAACUGAACGACAAUCUACUUGAAACUCUGCGCAAUCUUGCAGGGGUGGAAUACGUGGAAGAAGAUGGUGUAUACCGUGCCCAAGGAUUAACUUGGGGUCUGGAUCGAAUUGAUCAACGCAAGCUUCCACUUGACUUAAAGUUCGAUCCUUUGGGUGACGGUGGUGAAUAUUAUACAGUAUACGUGCUGGAUACGGGAAUACGUGAUACCCAUGGUGAAUUCGAAGGCCGUGCUGAGCAUAUUAAGGACCUUAAUUUUGCUGGUGAUGAUAAAAACUUUGAAUGUAACGGACAUGGUACACACUGUGCUGGAAUUGUAGGAUCAAUCAACUAUGGUGUAGCAAAGAAAGUUCAAAUCAAAGGCAUCAAAGUCCUCAGCUGUGAAGGAUACGGUAGCGUCGCUGGAAUUAUCGCAGGAUGUGACUAUGUUAUGACGGUAGCUACGAGAAGAUAUUCUGUGGUUUCGAUGUCUAUUGGAGGUGGAUACUCGUCUUCAUUUAAUGAUGCUAUCAAUGAAUUGUACAAUGUCGAGAUUCCGGCUGUUGUAUCGGCUGGAAAUGAUAACAAAGAUGCGUGUCUCCAGUCCCCAGCUUCCGCUGAAUAUGCAAUCACUGUUGGAGCAACUGAUGACAAAGAUACACGUUCAUCAUUCUCUAAUUAUGGAAAAUGUGUGGACAUCUUUGCUCCUGGUACUUGGAUUGAAUCGACUUGGUACACCAGUGAUACAUCUACUUACUUCAUGAGUGGAACAUCUAUGGCUUGUCCGCAUGUUGCUGGUGCUGUGACUCUGUUUGGCAACCUUUACAACAUGUUUAACAGAGCUUCAAUCAACAAGAUUACCAACAUAGGAGACGAUUCACCUAAUCUACUCCUCUAUGUUGGAAAAGAACCAGCAGAACCUAAAGAUUGAUGCCGAAUAGAUACAUUGACAAUACUCCGGGGCGACCUGAAGGACCACUUCAACGGAUUUCAUCUAAUUUUACUUUUUAAAAGUCUCACACGUCUCUUAUUUGAUGAAUAAGGAAUAUUGAUUAACGGGUGUGCAAAGGAUGCCAAACUAAAAUAUACGGAAAGAAAACAAAUAGUCAAUUUCUGUUCGUAGAGAUAUUAUAUCUCCAUGUUUCUGUUGACAUCGAUAAUACGAUUCAUAGUAGGAUCAUCUGCUUAUCUUUAUCAGGGAAUUGUCUCACUAACAAUUCCCUAUCCGUAUUGAUCUACGAUAUAAUCUAUUGAUAUAAAGUCUACUGGUUAUUGCAUUAACGUAUCUGCUGGGUUUUACUGUGAUUAAAUUAUCACCAAAUUAUUAUGAUAGAUAAAAUUAUAGAAAGGAGAUACUGUUACAUGGGGAAGUUAGCGAUAGUAUGAAUCUAUUGGAUUCAUUUCAAGGAUGGGUUUAACGACGAUUAUUUGUAUUAUUUGCAUUAUUGUUAAGAUAAAUGCAAGAAUUAGAUAACACAAAAUGAUCAUUUUGAAACGAAUUAACAACAAAGUGAAUAAACUGUAAUCCCGGACUGUAUAUAGCAUUGCUGAUCAUUAAAACUUAAAACCAAGAC